GAAAGAAAGAAAGAAAGAAAGAAAGAAAGAAAGAAAGAAAGAAAGAAAAGCUCUCUUUUCCUUCUUGGGACAGAAGGUGUCAUUUCCCAUCUUUCCCCCCCGGAGGAACUUUCCCCUCCUUUUCUCAAAGGAAAAUAAAGGCCUCCCAUCUAUCAUACAACAGAAACCAAAAGCUGAUUUGAAUCAUAAGGAGAGAAAGAAAAGGAGCACCUAUAAAGCAACCCCCGCCCUUCCAGCAAUCACUUCGUGGGCGUGUUAUCGGCUUCUCUACCCUCCACAAGCCCGUUUAAACUUCGGGGACCCCAAACUGCAAGGAAACGAGCUGAGGGGAGCCCCCCGCGCGGUAUUUCCCAUUCCCGGACCCUUCUCCAGAGGUACCACUUCUCCUCUCUGUUCCUCUCUCUUAUUCCCUUGAAGCGGACCCAAGGGGAACCCUCCCUCCUCGUUGAAACGCACCCCGAAACACGCUCUCUCUCCCCCCCCCGCUCGCUUUCCAUCCCAAACCUUUCCUGAAGGGAGGGCGAGACAAUGCUCCCAUUCAUAGCGCCCCCCGUCUCCCUCCUCCUUGGUGCCCCCCAGCCGAGCUGCCGCGACCGGGCUCCGCGCAACAAAAGGAGAAAAGGCGCAAGGAGGGGAGCCGAGAGACCGAGGCAACCUCCAAGCAGGGGGAGAGAGCGGGGUUCGCCUGGGAAGGGCGGCUUCCCAAAGGAGCAGAGACGGGAGGGGAGGAGCAGGAGAAAAGUUCGAGCCGGGCGCGCACGCUGCACUCACCCCCUGGAGGCUCCCCUCUGCCCGGCUGGCUGGCGGGCGGGCGGGCGCGCGCACCGGCUCGGAGGGCAGAACCGGCCCAAGAAACAAAAGUUGCCUUUUUGCCCCCACCUCGAGAAACAACGGAGAGCGGCUCCGCGGCGUUGCAAGCGCCACGACGGGGCGGGCGGAGGAGGAGGGAUUACAUCACCACGCGCCCACGUGAACGCUGCAAAUGAAGGCGCCGCCGCCGCUUAUGUUGCUGCUGCUGCUGCUGCCCAGCCUCGAGGGAUCGACUCGCGGCGCCGGCUCUGGGGCAAGAACCCAACAUUCUGGAGGGAACUGUGCAUCAGGUACACCACUGUGGUAACUGUGAGAAGAGGAUACUGAAUUAGUUGGACCUUUGGCCUUAUCCAGCUGGACUCUUCUGGUGAUAAGGACUGAGAGCCCUAAAGAUUAAAGAAGUCCUUGGAGCAGGACGCUAGAAGGAUUUUGGUCUGCCUGAAAAAGGUACAAUGAGGAGCGAGUGAUUUAUCUCUUUUCCUCCAUACAUAAAGAAUCAUAGAACUGUAGAGCUGGAAGGGACCCUGAGAAUAAUCUAGUCCAAGGAUUGGACCUGUGACCUUGGUCUUCUUAAUAUCCUCUCCCAUCAAACCUAGCAACAAUUCUUCAGACUUUUUUUGGAAAAGUAUAUUUAAACAUCUUUUUAAGAAGACAGACCAAAGACUAUAUUUGUAUGUGACGACAGCAGCUAGAGUUUUGAUAGCCCCAAAGUGGAAAACACAGGAGAUACCGACUGUAAAGGAGUGGCAGACAAAGUUGGUCAAGUACGCAGAGAUGGCAAAACUGACACACAGAAUUCGCAGUCAGGAGGAUACGAAGUACCAAAAAGAAUGGAGUAAAUUUAUGGUUUAUAUAAGUGAGAACUGUAGAAAUUUGAAGACGUUAGCAGGACCGAAGUAAAUCUUAUGUCAUGGUGUAAUCUUUAACUAAAGGAACUGUGAAUUAAAGAUUGGAAUAAGAAAACUUGCGGAAGGGAAGGAGGGAAGUCAACGGCUCCACGGAGCAUAAUGUAGGAUACAUGUAAUAAGACUUGAUGUUUUUGUUUGUUGGUGUUGGUGUAUUUAAAAUGAAAACUCAAUAAAAAGCAUAUAUAUAUAAAAAAGAACCUGUGACCUUGGCGUUAUCAGCACCAUGCUCCAACCAACUAAGCUAUUUAGUAUUAGACAGUUAACUGGAUUAACUGUUUAGUGACAUCCUCCCACCUCCUCCCAUGUAGCUUUAUGUCUGUCGAAAAUAUAUUAUAUACACUAGUUGGAUUCCAUUUUUAGAUUUGCUGAAAGGAAAUGUUUUGGAGAGGCGCCAAGACUUUCUUAGAAACUUCUGACUGAUGCGCCUAGUAUACAAGGGGGUUGUACAAUAUCUGCACCAAGAGCGAUGUGCAGGAUCCGUGUCAUAGGUACGGAGUAUUAUUUCUGUCGACAGGAGUAUUGCAAAAUGUGAGGAGUGCAUGUAAACAGGAGGAGAUCGUUUUAAUUAAACAAGCAAUAUGUAUUUUACUAAUUUGGAAUUCUUCAAAAGCAUCGGUAGGUUAUUUGUAUGGACACAUAAGCUAUUUUAAUAAUAUGAGACAAGGAAAGCAGAUGCUAAAGAUGAAAAAGACUUUAGAUCCACAACAGCAAGAAACAUUGAAAUCAAAGAGGUCAACACACAUGGAGUGCAAUGAAGCCGUCCAAAGAAGGAAGGAAACACACAUCUCUUUUCAGCACAGAAUCCCCCAGAGAACAACCACCAAGUCAAGCUUGUGCUGCCAGCUCUGCACCACAGCGCCCCCUCCUGGCACAACUGCGAGUCAGUAUGCACUGAACAUCAGAUGAGCCUGAAACCUGCUCUGACUCUCUCUUCCUUUGUCUGUCUCUCUGCUGUUGACUAGAAAAACCUCAGGGGAAAGUGCACACAAAGAUCCCCUGCUUCCACAAAUAAUGCACUCAC